UUUUUGACAUUCACUCAGUAGCGCUUCGGUGUUUUGGAUUUAUGAUUUAAUUAGAAUUUUAAAUAUUUCAGUUCCUAUUAAAAGUGAUCAAUUUCUUCAUAAAUAGUGACUUAAUAUGGUGCAUUGUAGCAUUAUUUUAGAUGAUGCUAGUGGAGUUUUUAUAGCUGGCAAUAUAAUAAAGGGGGUCAUCCAAUUGCAAUUAAAUGAACCAAAAAAGUUUCGAGGUCUUUACUUCCUUAUUUAUGGUCGCGCCAAGUGCCAUUGGACAGAGACAAGACAAAGAACUACAGGAAGUGGAGAAAAUCGUCGAACUUCAAGUGAAACAGUUCAUUUCAAUGGAAAAACUGUUUAUUUGAACACUAAAACUUAUUUAUUUGGUUCACCGGGUGGAGACUCUAUUCAAAUGCCUAGUGGAACUCAUCGAUAUGAUUUUCUUUGUCAACUGCCACCUUUGAUUCCAGGAAGUUUUGAAGCAUCUCAUGGUGAUAUUCGUUAUCGUGUUGAAGCAGUUCUCGAUGUUCCUUGGUCUUUUAAUAAAGAAUUCAAGUUAGGAUUUACAGUCAUACGAGUAGAUGACUUGAACAAUGAUCCAAGUUUAAAAGUGGCAACGUUUGAUGAAGAAGUUAAGAAAUUUUGUUGCCUGUUCUGUGAGUCUGAGCCACUUUACAUAAAAGUAACAUUGCCACGAACUGGCUUUGCACCAGGAGAAGAAAUUCCCGUGACCAUAGAUUUUAAAAACAAAAGUAAUGAAGAAAUUCGUGGUGGAAAAAUUUAUGUGAAGAGAAUUAUUUUGUACCACAGUGAAACUCCACAUAGUAAGACAAAAACACAAGAAGACUUUGUCACUGAAGUUUACUGUCCGGGUGUCGGGAAGCAGUCUUCAAACGAAUUUAUAAAGGAAAUCAAACUCCCACAAGGAAUGGUGUUUUCAAAUUCAGCAUUUUGUUACGUCGUCCAAAUUUUCUACGAGCUCAAAGUUGAAAUAUUUACAAAUGAUUGUCAUAAAAAUGUUAAGUUUCGCUUUCCCAUAACAAUUGGUGCUAUUCCCAUAAGCACUCAACCAUUAAAUCAAACUGCAACUUUUAUGCCGGCCCAAAAUCCUGAGCCAUUCUUUAAUGCGCCAAAUCCUUCAGCUCCGGCGUUUAAUACUAAUGGACAACAACCUUAUGUGCCUUCAGCAUCAGCACCCAACGAAGAUUUGCCUCCAUCCUUUGAAGAAGCAACAAAAUCAGAGAAAACUAUGAAUGAACAAACUCCGGAAUCUAAGGGCGUUAGUUCCAGUUAUGGUUGGAGUGCUUAAAAAUUGAAACAUUGAAUCUCAAAUUUUUGAACAAGCCUUAAAUGUGUAAUUUACAACUGAAAUUUCAUGAACUUUGUAUACAUACCUGAAGCAUAUUUAAAAUAUUUAUAUGUCUACUCAGGAAUUUUAUGUAAUUAUUUUAUAUGUGAAGAAGUUACUCAUUUAUAAGCUUUGUAAGCAUAAUAAUCACAGAACUCUUUUUCUAAUUGGUAUAAAAAUGAAGAUUUUUUUUUUUCAUGCUAAAGUGCUUAAAUAUUUUAAAGAAAUUCAAUGCUUAAGAUGAUUUUUGAUAUUAUGAAAUGUUUCACGACGUAUCUUUAAAUGACAAUUAUUACUUGCAAACAUUAAAAGAAAGGUAAUAAAUAUAAUGUUAACAGAAUUAAAAUAAGAGAGAA